AUGAAUUUAUCCUUACAAGAUCCAUUUUCAGUAGCUAAGGAGUUUCCUGAGAGCCUAUCAACCAACCUCAACUAUGGUCAUUCCGUAGCUAUCCAAUUCAAUCACAAUGGGGACUACUUAGCUUCAGGUCUUUCAGAUGGAUCAAUAGUCAUUUACGAAAUGGUGUCAAGUGGCAUAAUAGCGCACAUUACCGAGGAUUGUCACGUACGACCGAUAACUUCAAUCACAUGGUCUACGUGUGGUCGGUACUUGUUGACUUCUUCGCAAGACUGGUAUUGUAAAUUGUGGGAUUUAAGUUUAAUCAAUAGUGGUGACAAGUCCCCAGUUAUACGACAAGUUAAAUUUGAUGGACCUAUAUGGCUGUCUAAUAUCCAUCCCCAGAACCAUUUUCAUUUUGUUGCAUCAUUAUUUGAUGAUUCACCGGUGUUUGUUGAUUUAGAAAAGCAACCACCAAUAGUUCAGAAGCUAAGAACAAAUCCUUUGGAAUGUGAAGAGCAAGAAGCUAAUGGCGAAGAACAGAGAAAUAGAAGAAAGCCCAAUGAUAAGCACUAUACAUUGGUCACUAAUUUUACUAUCGAAGGUCAAUAUAUACUCACUGGUACUAGCAAAGGUUGGUUAAACAUUUUUAGGACCAAAGAUUUAAAGUUGAUACAUUCGAAUAAGCUUGCCAAUUCAAACAUCAAGAACAUUGCAAUAUCACCCAAUGGAAGGAAAUUGGCACUAAAUUUUUCUGAUUGUAUAAUUAGACAAAUUAAUCUUCCUGAUUUGAUGAAUGAUGAUGAUUCAACAGAGUGGGAUUUUGAAGUUGAUCACAAGUACCAAGAUGUGGUCAAUAGAUUACAAUGGAACGCAAUAUCAUUCAAUCAUAAUGCCGACUUUUUAAUAGCCUCAACCCAUGGUCAAUCGUCGCAUGAUUUGUACCUUUGGGAAACAUCAAUGGGGUCAUUGAUAAAAAUUCUCGAAGGGUCUAAUGAAGAGUUGAUUGAUGUGAAGUGGAACUAUAAUAGAUGCAAAAUUGGAUCAAUAGGCCUUGAUAGUGGGAUAAUCUACAUUUGGCUGGUUCAGUUCCCACAAAAAUGGAGUGCUUUAGCUCCAGACUUUGUUGAAGUUGAAGAGAAUAUAGACUAUAUUGAAAAAGAAGACGAAUUUGAUAUACUUGAUGAAACAGAAUUGAAUAAAAAGAGGUUAGAAGAGGAAGUGAUGGACAUUGAUGUGAAUACAAAGGAGACUACAGAUGCUAGAGGGUUUGAUAUUACACAAGAGUCAUUCAUAAUUCCAAUAGACUAUGAAAAGGAGUUAUAUAGAUAG